CUGUCUGGAGUAUUUACUGGACACGGGUGUGGACCCCACGAUUCAGGACGUACACGGUUACAGUGCAAUACACUACGCCGCGGCACACGGGAGCCGGCAGAACCUGGAGCUGCUCAUCGACUCGACCUUCGACAGCCUGAACGAUGGCGAGAACGCAGCCUCAGCGAGCCCCUUGCACUUGGCCGCCUACAACGGUCAGCCUGAAGCAGUGAGCGUCCUGGUGGGUACCCUGGUCAACCUGGACGUGAGGGAUCAGGCCGGGCGCACCCCGCUCUACGUGGCGGUUCAGCAGGGGCACACGGACUGUGUGGACAUCCUGACCAGGCACGGAGCGUCUGCCCUGGUCAAGGAGAGGCUUACCAAAGGAACAUCACUUCACAUCGCAGCUGCGAAUGGCUGCGCUGACUGUUUGCACUUGAUAGCCGACAGUGUGGCGGAUGCGGAGGUCUUCGACACGAUGGACGCCCAAGGCCAGACUCCCCUGAUGCUGGCUGUGACCAGUGGUCACCUGGACUGUGCCCGGCUGCUGCUGGAGAGGGGUGCCCAGGUCGAUACAGCCGAUAAGAGAGGGUGCACGGCCCUACACCGAGCGGCCGCGCUGGGCUGUGCCGACAUGGUGACCACCCUUCUCGAUCACCGGGCGAUGGUUCUGUGCCGCGAUACGGAAGGCCGGACGCCCCUGCACUUAGCAGCGGCCUGUGGGCACGCGGGAAUCCUGGGGACCUUGCUGCAGGCAGUACCCUCUGUCGAUCCGAGGGAUCAGCUCCGGGAUGACCACGGCUUCACCCCUUUACACUGGGCUUCUUACAAAGGUCACGAAGACUGUUUGGAAUUACUACUUGAACAUAAAUCACUUAACCUUGAGCGCGAUACUUUCAGUCCAUUGCACUGUGCUGUAAUUAACGGUCACGACGGAGCAGCAGAACUAUUGAUCGACAUUCUAGGUGCCAAGAUUGUCAAUACCAAUGAUGCCAAAGGAAGAACCCCACUGCAUGCUGCUGCUUUCUCGAACAACGUGCUGUGUGUCCACCUGCUGCUGGAGCACCACGCGCAAGUCAACGCCACCGACCGCAGCGGGCACACGCCACUCAUGAUGGCAGCUGAGCAUGGCCACACCAAGAUCGUAGAGGUGCUGCUGCACAGAGCCAGCGCUGACCUGACACUGCAUGAUGCCAACAAGAACACAGCUCUGCACCUGGCCUGUAGCAAGGGCCAUGAGAUGUCUGCCUUGUUGAUCCUUGGGGAGAUUUGUGACCCUGGCCUUAUUAAUGCCACAAAUGGUGCCCUGCAAAU